AUGAAGUACUCUCUCGUCCUGACCGCUCUCCUCUCCUCCUCGGUCCUCGCCGCCCCCAACCCCAACCCCGACGGCAUCGACAACAUCGUCUCCGCCGCCGAAGGCAUCGCCACGACGGCCGUCAACGGCGGUGAGAGCAUUGCCUCCAAUGUCGUCGACGACGCCACCUCCAUCUACGAAUCCGCCAAGACUGCCGGCGGCGCCGCCGCGUCUCGCAUCACCUCCGACGCUGGCGAAAUCGCCUCGGACGCCCGCACCUGGGCCACCGACCGCGCGUCCGACGCUCGCAGCCGCGCCUCUGAAGCCCGGGACCGCGCCUCCUCCGACCUCGACGACCUCCGCACCCUGACCGGCACCCACACCAGCGACGCCACGGCCACGGCCUCCGCCACCGGCUCCGACUCGGAGACCACCGCCGCGGAGACCGGCUCUUCCGCCACCAGCUCGGGUGCGUCCGCCACCGCUUCCACCACCGAGAGCUCCUCCGCCAGUGGCUCGUCCAGCGGCUCGGGCUCCGAGGCCUCGGCCACGUCGACGAACAGCGAGGGCGCUGCUGCCCAGGCCACGCCCGUCGGCUUGGGCGUUGGCAUCGCCGGUAUGGCCGGUGUGCUGGGUGUGAUGGCUGCUCUGUAA